AUGCUCUACCGCCCUAGCCGCUACAGUCUCGGUUGCCUCUGCAGCCCAAGUAGACUGGUCGGCAUGCGCAUGCAUGCGUUCAUGACCAAAGCAACGCAAUGCCCCGAGACCUACGCCGACGCCGCCGCAAACUCGACAUACCUCCCAGUCUUCUCGACGGACAAAACCGUCGUCGCGGGCGCUGAACAACCGUCAAACGCAGGGAAAUCAUUCUACUUCACAAACGGCUUCCACACCACAGCCGGCGAGCGCUGGGACUCGGCCACCCGCACCGGCAUCCGGAACGCCGAGCCGGUCGCGGCCGGCGGCGGCUGCUGGUCCAUAUCCGACAACCAGGGCGCCACCAUCACAACGACGCCGUGUACGUACGCAGACAACCAGACGUUCUGGGUGGAAGCCUGGCGGGCGCCCGCGGCAUCGGGGCCCUUCCAGAUCGUCAAGCAAGGCCUCGACCGGUUGGCGGUCCCGGCCAACGCGGGCGACGCCAUCGGGUGGGCCGAGUCCGACGACGAGUCCGCCUUCUGCUUCUACGAAGCCGACUCCGGCAGCGUCGUCCGGUCCAGCGAGGCGCGCGCCGAGGACCGCGCGUCUACCAUCGCCGGCGCGGCGAUGCCCGCCGGCCCCGUGGACCUGAUCGAGCUGCCCGGAUGCAUGGCGGACGACGUCACCUACGCCCCGCGUAGCAUGGACUGCCUCUCCCGAGAAUGCGUGCUGCACCUCUUCCCGGCCUUCUGCGGCGACCUCCCCAAGACCGCGGGCCCCAAUUCCACGCAAGUCGUCGGUGACGACGCCAUCGAAGGUUGUUUGAGGCGUGUAAGUCAGGGCCCCUGUGUCACGAACCCCGCGGGAGCCGCAUGCCUGUCAGGCCUGUUCCCUGGCAUCGUCUUCGCGACCGGGCCUCCGCCGUCCCAGUCCGCAUACCAGCGCCUGCGCCGGAGCUAUCCGCGAACUUCCCUCCACCGAAGCCAUGAGCUCCUCCUCCACGGCCGCCAGAACGCUAAAGAUCCCCUCUUUGGAGACCCCAACGAGAGCUGGCUCCCGGCCGAGGACCAGUUCUGGGUCGGCUUCGCGAAGUCCAUCAUCAACUCGGCCGUCGACUUUGUGACACACUUCGACGACGACCUGCGCGAGUUCCAGGUUACGCUCUGCCAUGGCAUGGUGGCCAUCGUCGACGCCCUAAAGGGCGACCUCGCACCGCGCGUUAAGAAGGGAUGCGACACCCUCUGGCGCCUCCACACCGGCGAGGCCGUCCCCAGCCUCAAGUACCAGGGCGACCUCGAGAAAGCCGGUGGAGUGACGGCGGAAGUGGUCCAGAUCCUGGCACCCGUCGCCGAUGCCGUCGAAGCCGCGAAGGCACUCGGGGCCGGCAAGUAUCUGCCCGAUCUGUUGGGCAAGUUCGUCCCCAAAGCCGUUGAGGGCGGCCAGGUCUUGGAGGCCGCGAGCGCCGACGGAGGCAAAGCGGUGCGCAUCUACAAGAAGGGACCCAAGGGCGACCCCGAGGUGUUCAAGACCACAAAAGAUGAGAAGGUCGCGCUCGAAGACAUCGAGAACAACGGCUUCCUCAACUGCGAAAAGAUUGCCCGCGGCGCCAGGAAGAAGCGCCAGGGCAGCCUGCUGGGAGACCUGUCGGACCUGGACCUGAGCUGCGACUUCUCCACGUUCGCAGACAACGUCAACGAGGGUCGGGCGAACUACGACAGCGACUCAGGCUCUGACUCGGAGUCCGACUCCGACUGGGAGUACGAGCCGCCGGCCGCGAUCCCGGCGCAUGUCAAGGCCGAGGGCCUGACCGCCGAGGAGUCCACGCUCCUCGCGGACCUCAAGAGCAAGUGGGACGGCUCCCGUACGGGCGAGCGGUACAUGCCCGACUUCGCCGACCCCGAUCUGCAGUCCUUCCGCACUCGCAUCGAGGCCACGACCGACGUCGCCGAGCGCAAGAAGAUCGUGCGCGACUUCGCCGCCAAGUACAAGCUCACGAGGUCCGAGAUAGGCGCCUUCAAGGCGUGGGCGGACCUCUACGAGAUCCACGACAGCGCGCUGAAAUCCGCGGCGGCCAAGAUCCCGCCGUUCAAGGGGCUGGUGCGACGGACCACCGCGCUGGACGAUGCGACGAUGACCAUGCUCACCGACUUCGAAAGCGGCAUUAUCAGCAAAGGAGACAAGGGGGUCUACGAGAUCCGCGACCUGAUCUCCAACGUGCAGAGUCUGGGUCUGGGAAGCAGCGGUGAACCGCCUCGCAAGUUCCUGGCCUCGAGCGCGGGCCUGACGGAGAAGACGUGGUUCGGAGGAGAUAAGAUGUUUGUCAUCCAGUCGGAAUCGGGCAUGCACAUAUCGCCGGGCGUGUUUGAUGCCGACGAGUUGUAUGAAGUUGAUUUUCUCGACGGGGUGUCAGGACGGAUGAAGUUGUUGGGCUAUGAUGGCACGACGGAGAACGGUGUCACUACGCCAACAGUAUUCUACUUCCAGAACUUGCCUCCAGCCUCUCAAAGCUAA